ACCCGCGGCUUUCCCAGGAGUUCAGCGUUUGAGGUGUGUAGCUGCUGAAGUUAUUUCCGUGGAUCUGGGGUUCUUCCUCGCUCUUCCGAGUUUCACCUUGCAGCCUGGUGGUGAGGACCUCGAGGGUCUGGAAGUCCGCGCUGGAGGAAGACAAGACCCGAGAAUGCGUGGCCUUUAGGGCUGAAUAGGGGGGCUGGCGGGGGCAACUCCCUGGGUAUCUGUGCAAUCAUUUCAACCUGGCUUUUUUUGUGUUCUGCGUCCCUGAGAGCUUCCCCCAGUGCCACGCGGCGGACAACUGGGGUUUGUGGAGGUUGGGACUUUUUUGCGUCUCUCUCCCAACAUCCCACCUCUUGCUUUCGAAGGAAGACCCCCUCCUAGAGAAGACUCACCCGGCUGCCGACUUCCUUCCCUGCCGCGAAGCGACCCACCAUGACCCUAGUGUGAGCUAAUGACCGACCUGUGAUACUUUGCAGAGUCCUAGGGGGCCUGUUUAAAUACAGUUCAGCUCCAGGAAAGGACAACAAGAUAAAGGACAACUUUAUCUUGGAAAGGAUAAAGUAACAAGAUCUCAUUAGAUAAAUGUGUCUGACAUUUAGAGGCUGCCUGGAAGGGCGUUGUAUCUUAACUUACUGACUCAGAGGCGUGUGCUGCCAUUAUGGGAAAUCAGCUCGCUGGUAUUGCUCCUUCCCAGAUCCUUUCUGUGGAGAGUUAUUUCUCAGACAUCCAUGACUUUGAAUAUGAUAAAAGCCUGGGGAGUACUCGCUUUUUUAAAGUUGCUCGAGCAAAGCACCGAGAAGGCCUGGUGGUUGUGAAGGUCUUUGCAAUUCAGGAUCCCACAUUGCCUUUAACUAGCUAUAAACAAGAGCUAGAGGAAUUGAAAAUCCGCCUGCAUUCGGCACAAAACUGUCUACCUUUCCAGAAAGCAGCAGAAAAAGCAUCUGAGAAAGCAGCCAUGCUCUUCAGGCAAUAUGUGCGAGACAACCUCUAUGAUCGCAUCAGUACCCGUCCAUUCUUAAAUAAUAUUGAGAAGCGUUGGAUUGCUUUCCAGAUCCUGACAGCUGUGGACCAAGCACACAAAUCUGGAGUCCGACACGGGGACAUCAAGACUGAGAAUGUAAUGGUCACCAGUUGGAACUGGGUCCUUCUAACUGAUUUUGCCAGUUUUAAACCCACUUAUCUUCCAGAGGACAACCCAGCAGAUUUCAACUAUUUCUUUGACACUUCACGGAGGAGAACUUGUUAUAUUGCUCCUGAACGUUUCGUUGAUGGUGGAUUGUUUGCCACUGAGUUGGAAUAUAUGAGAGAUCCUUCAACUCCACUUGUAGACUUAAAUAGCAAUCAGAGAACAAGAGGAGAGUUGAAGCGAGCAAUGGACAUCUUUUCAGCAGGUUGUGUGGUAGCCGAGCUUUUCACAGAAGGUGUACCAUUAUUUGAUCUCUCUCAGCUUUUGGCUUAUAGAAAUGGACAAUUUUUCCCUGAACAAGUGCUAAAUAAAAUUGAAGAUCGCAGUAUCAGAGAUUUGGUAACACAGAUGAUUCACCGUGAGCCAGAUAAACGGUUAGAGGCAGAAGAUUACCUAAAGCAGCAGCGUGGCAAUGCCUUUCCUGAAAUAUUUUAUACUUUCCUUCAGCCCUACAUGGCCCAGUUUGCCAAGGAAACAUUUCUAUCCGCAGAUGAGCGCAUUCUGGUUAUACGGAAGGAUUUGGGCAACAUUAUUAACAAUCUCUGUGGACAUGACCUGCCAGAAAAAUCGGAAGAAGAGCCAAAGGAAAAUGGGCUGGUUAUCCUGGUGUCUGUCAUUACCUCCUGUCUGCAGACCCUUAAAUACUGUGACUCCAAACUUGCUGCUUUGGAACUUAUUCUUCAUUUGGCCCCACGAUUAAGCGUAGAAAUUCUUUUGGAUCGUAUCACGCCAUACCUUUUGCAUUUCAGCAAUGACUCUGUUCCUAGAGUAAGGGCCGAAGCCUUGAGGACGUUGACCAAAGUUCUAGCUCUUGUCAAAGAGGUUCCUCGCAAUGAUGUCAAUAUCUAUCCGGAGUAUAUUCUGCCGGGCAUAGCCCACCUAGCCCAAGAUGAUGCUACCAUUGUCAGACUAGCCUAUGCUGAAAACAUAGCUCUGCUGGCGGAAACAGCUUUAAGAUUCCUGGAAUUAGUGCAGUUAAAAAAUCUCAAUAUGGAAAAUGACCCAAAUAGUGAGGAAAUCGAUGAAGUUACACAUCCCAAUGGAAAUUAUGACACAGAGCUCCAGGCCUUGCAUGAAAUGGUUCAGCAGAAAGUUGUCACUUUGCUAAGUGACCCUGAAAAUAUCGUGAAACAAACCUUAAUGGAAAAUGGAAUAACACGGCUGUGUGUAUUCUUUGGACGUCAGAAAGCCAAUGAUGUUUUAUUGUCCCACAUGAUUACUUUCUUAAAUGAUAAGAAUGAUUGGCAUCUCCGCGGAGCUUUUUUUGAUAGUAUAGUUGGUGUUGCCGCCUAUGUUGGCUGGCAGAGCUCCUCAAUUCUCAAACCCCUGCUGCAACAAGGUCUUAGUGACGCUGAGGAAUUUGUUAUUGUGAAAGCUCUUAAUGCCCUUACCUGUAUGUGCCAGUUAGGGCUGCUACAAAAACCCCAUGUCUAUGAAUUCGCCAGUGACAUUGCCCCUUUCCUGUGCCACCCCAAUCUGUGGAUACGCUAUGGUGCUGUGGGGUUCAUCACGGUGGUAGCUCAUCAGAUAAGCACAGCUGACGUGUACUGUAAGCUGAUGCCUUACCUGGACCCCUAUAUUACUCAACCAAUAAUACAGAUUGAAAAAAAACUUGUUCUACUCAGUGUUUUAAAAGAGCCAGUAAGUCGUUCUAUAUUUGAUUAUGCUUUGAGGUCUAAAGAUAUUACUAGCUUGUUCAGACAUCUGCACAUGCGUCAGAAGAAACGAAAUGGGUCUCUUCCUGAUUGCCCUCCACCCGAGGAUCCCGCCAUUGCACAGCUUCUGAAGAAGUUGCUCUCCCAGGGAAUGACGGAGGAAGAGGAAGACAAACUGUUGGCGUUGAAAGACUUCAUGAUGAAAUCUAACAAGGCGAAGGCGAACAUAGUGGACCAGAGCCAUCUCCAUGACAGCAGUCAGAAAGGUGUCAUUGACCUGGCAGCCCUGGGCAUAACCGGGAGACAAGUCGAUCUUGUCAGAACCAAACAGGAACCAGAUGACAAGCGGGCUAGAAAACAUGUGAAACAAGACUCAAAUGUAAAUGAAGAAUGGAAAAGCAUGUUUGGGUCACUGGAACCACCGAACAUCCCACAGGCUCUGCCUAAAGCGAGUGACCAGGAGGCGAUUCAGACUGGGAAGCCUCCUCGUUCUGAGUCCUCCGCGGGCAUUGGUGUCCCCUUGUCAACUUCUCCGCAGGUUCCAGAAGUGACAAAUGUCCAAAGUAGAAAACCAGCAGUACAGGUUUUAAGUAGCACAAUCUUACCAUCCACCUACCAGAUUCGGAUCACAACUUGUAAAACGGAGCUGCAGCAGCUCAUCCAGCAAAAGCGGGAGCAGUGUAACGCUGAGCGGAUAGCCAAGCAGAUGAUGGAAAACGCCGAGUGGGAGAGUAAACCACCACCACCCGGGUGGCGUCCUAAAGGGCUACUGGUUGCACAUCUUCAUGAGCACAAAUCUGCUGUGAAUCGAAUUCGAGUCUCUGAUGAACACUCACUCUUUGCAACAUGUUCAAAUGAUGGUACAGUGAAAAUCUGGAACAGUCAAAAGAUGGAGGGGAAGACAACUACUACCAGAUCUAUUCUUACAUAUAGCCGAAUUGGAGGACGUGUCAAGACCCUCACAUUCUGCCAGGGUUCUCACUACUUGGCUGUAGCGUCUGACAACGGUGCUGUCCAGCUUCUUGGAAUUGAGGCUUCUAAGCUUCCCAAGUCUCCUAAAAUUCAUCCUCUACAAAGCAGAAUUCUGGACCAGAAGGAGGACGGCUGUGUCGUGGAUAUGCACCACUUCAACUCAGGGGCGCAGUCUGUCCUGGCCUAUGCUACCGUGAAUGGCUCUCUGGUCGGCUGGGACCUCAGGUCUUCAAGCAACGCGUGGACAUUGAAGCACGAUCUGAAGUCGGGCCUCAUAACCUCCUUCGCGGUGGACAUCUACCAGUGCUGGCUCUGCAUUGGUACAAGCAGUGGUACCAUGGCGUGUUGGGAUAUGAGGUUCCAGUUGCCAAUCUCCAGUCACUGUCAUCCUUCCAGGGCUCGAAUCAGGCGCCUCUCAAUGCACCCACUGUAUCAGUCCUGGGUGAUUGCAGCUGUUCAGGGCAACAACGAGGUGUCGAUGUGGGACAUGGAGACCGGCGACAGAAGAUUCACCCUCUGGGCCAGCAGCGCGCCGCCACUUUCUGAGUUACAGCCUUCUCCUCACAGUGUUCAUGGUAUCUACUGUAGUCCUGCAGAUGGGAACCCUAUCCUGCUCACAGCUGGCUCAGACAUGAAAAUAAGGUUCUGGGACUUGGUGUACCCAGAGAGGUCGUACGUUGUCGCAGGAAGUACUAGUUCUCCGUCUGUGUCCUACUACAGGAAAAUCAUCGAAGGCACCGAGGUCGUCCAGGAAAUUCAGAAUAAGCGGAAGGUGGGACCGAGUGAUGACACCCCGCGGAGGGGCCCCGAGUCUCUGCCUGUGAGACAUCACGACAUCAUCACAGACGUCGCCACAUUCCAGACAACCCAGGGCUUCAUUGUAACUGCUUCUAGGGAUGGGAUUGUUAAGGUGUGGAAAUGAGAACCCAGCAACUUAUAUAAUUUGUAUAAACUGUAACUCUAGAGAAAAGGUAUAUUUAGAGAAAAGAAGUGAGAAUUGAUCCCUUGGCUUAGUUUUCAAAAUCCUGUCUCUAUAUUAAUGUUUCACAGUAAAAUAAAUCCCACUCAAGGUACUUAUAGAAGUUGCAUUCAUUAGUACACUUAUGCAUAACUCUGUGAGAUUCAGCCAGAUUUCUUGGACUUUUCAUUGUAUAUAUCACAGAGGUGAAUUUAAAAUGCUAAGACUUAUAUGAUCUCAGUUUACUUUGUAUUGAAAAAAGAUGGUUAUAAUCUAUUGGGUUAUAAUCUAUUGUCUACGUUAACACAUUUUUGCUAUUAAAAUGCUAUUUCAAAGCAGCCAAUAAACUGCAUUCAAGCAUC